CUCCUAGUCCUGGUAUGAGACCAUUCAAACCACAUGGCUUCCCCGCCAUUGCUUCCCUUGUUCCCAAGCUCAUCCUCCCCCAAAUCCCAGACCCCCAGAUGAUCAAAACCGGCUUUGAUCUCCAGACCUAUAAUUCAAACCACCUUCUCCAAUCCCUCAUCAACAAUGGAGAUCUCUUCGAGGCACGCAAGUUGUUCGACGGAAUGCCUCUCAAGAACACCUUCACCGCAAACCGGAUGAUCUCCGGAUACGCCAAGUUCGGCGAGCUUGAUGAAGCCCGGAAGCUGUUUGUGCUCACCACCGAGCGCACUAAGGUCACCUGGACGAUCAUGAUCGGCGCAUUCUCGCAGUUGGGUUGUUCCAAGGAGGCGUUCGAACUUUUCAAUGAGAUGUUGCGCUCCGGUGAGCGAGCAGAUCAUGUGGCGCUUGCCGCAUUGCUCGGAGCUUGCAAUGAUCCUCAUGCUUCACGUUUGGUGAACCAAAUUCAUGUUCAUGUUGCAAAAUCUGGUUUUGGGAGUACACUGUUAGUGUGCAACACUUUGGUGGAUUCUUAUUCCAAGUGUGGCCUCGUCGAUGUUGCUCGAUGCCUUUUCGAUGAAAUGCCGGAGAGGGACACAGUGACAUACAAUGCCUUGUUGAUGGGUUAUUCUAAAGAAGGAUUCCACGGUGAAGCUAUGGAGCUCUUCAUGGAGAUGAGGAACUUGGAGUUGAAGCCCUCUCAGUUCACUUUUUCUGGAGUUUUAACUGCCGGAACAGGGCUCGGGGAUCUUCGGUUUGGGCAGCAGGUUCACAGUCUCAUCAUCAAAUCAGACUUUUAUUGGAAUGUGUUUGUUAACAAUUCAUUGUUGGAUUUCUACUGGAAAUGCGGGUGUGUAAGCGAAGCUACAAAGUUGUUCGAUGAAAUGGCUGAGAGGGAUAAUGUUUCUUAUAAUGUGAUGGUCUCUGGGUAUGCAUGGGAUGGGAGGACUAGAGAGUUUGUAGAACUCUUUUGGGAGAUGCAGUAUCUGGGUUUCGAUCGGAAACAGUUCCCUUUUGCUAGUAUGUUGAGUAUCACGGGUGCGUUGUCGGAUUUCCAGAUGGGCAAGCAGAUACAUGCACAAGUUAUAGUGCUGGAUCUAGUGAUAGAUGAUCUUGUCGGAAAUGCUCUCAUUGACAUGUAUGCAAAGUGCGGUGACUUGGAGACUGCGGGGAUGAUGUUCAGGAGUAGAACAGAUAGAAACACAGUCUCUUGGACAGCCAUGAUCUCAGGGUUCAUUCAGAAUGGACUUCAUGAGGAGGCAUUGACUUUGUUUUGUGAAAUGAGAAGAGCUGGUGCAAUCCCGGACCGAGCCACGUUUUCGAGCAUCCUACGUGCUUCGGCAUGCCUUGCAUUGCUUGAGCUUGGAAAGCAGCUUCACUCAUAUAUAAUCCGAUGCGGCUAUAUGUCUAGUGUGUUCUGUGGGAGUGCCAUGCUUGAUUUAUAUGCAAAAUGUGGCUGCCUAGCAGACACUGUUCUGCUAUUCAAUGAAAUGCCCGAGAGAAACAUUGUCUCAUGGAACACCAUGAUCGCCGCAUAUGCACAAAAUGGGCAGGGAAAUAACGCUAUCCAACUAUUUAAUCAGAUGCUAAAACAGCGUAUCAAGCCUGACUCAGUGUCCUUCCUCAACAUCCUAUCGGCCUGCAGUCACGCAGGGCUCGUGGAUGAAGGUCUGGAGUAUUUUGAGUGCAUGAGUACAGCAUACAUGAUAGAACCUAAGAAAGAGCAUUACACUUGUGUUAUCGAUAUCUUAGGCCGAGUAGGCCAAUUUGACAAAUUAAAAGCUUUGAUUGAUGCAAUGCCAUUUGAGCCGGACCAGAUCAUAUGGAGUUCGAUUCUGAACUCAUGCAGGAUACACAAGAAACAAGAGCUAGCGAAUCAAGCAGCGGAGAAACUAUUCACAACUGAGAUAAAGGAUGCAGCUCCCUAUGUAAUUUUGUCGAACAUAUACUCCAGAACAGGAAGGUGGGAAGAUGCAGCAAAAAUUAAGAAGAUGAUGAGAGACCGAGGGGUAAAAAAAGAGCCGGCGUAUAGUUGGGUGGAAAUUAAAGGUAAAACAUAUACAUUUUCGGCAAAUGAUGAAUUGAAUACUGAAAUAAAGGUGAAACUGGAAGAGUUGGAUAAGGAAAUGAAGAAAGCAGGAUAUAAGCCUGACACUCAAUGUGCAUUGCACAAUGUAGAUGAAGAAACAAAGGCAGAGUCCCUCAAAUAUCAUAGCGAGAGACUAGCAAUAGUGUUUGCCUUGAUAAAUACUCCGGGAGGGACACCAGUCAGGGUGAUGAAGAAUCUUAGAGCUUGUGAUGAUUGUCACAAUGGUAUUAAAGUUAUUUCCAAGAUUGUUGGAAGGGAGAUCACAGUGAGAGAUUCUAGUAGGUUUCAUCAUUUCAAGGAUGGUUUUUGCUCUUGUGGUGAUUUUUGGUGA